GUACUUGCCACGUGUGAGAUCUUCUCUAUCAAGUACCAACCGCUAAGAAAGCAGCGUCGCUUGCUCUGCCACGACGACGGAGCAAGAAGAAGCUCAACGAUGCUCUCAUCAGCGACGGCGACGGCGGCGAGAAUUGAUCGGCCGAUGUUGAAACGGCAGUUCAAAGUGGUGGCGGAGAAAUUUCCGACGUUUCUGCCUGGAGAUGUUGAGAGAAUCAAAGACAAGUUUGCUCUAAAGCUGGCAGCGAGAAUCGAGAGGCUUCCCGUAAAAGUGAGCUUCUCGGAAGAUAGAAUCAUGAGCAGUUGCGUGACGCCGCUGAUGCGGAAAGAGACGAGUCCUGUCGUGCUUCUUCACGGUUUUGAUAGUUCUUGUUUAGAGUGGAGAUACACUUAUCCACUGCUGGAAGAGGCCGGUUUAGAGACUUGGGCGUUUGAUAUCCUUGGUUGGGGUUUUUCUGAUUUAGAGAAACUUCCACCGUGUGAUGUUGCGUCUAAAAGAGAACAUUUUUACAAGUUUUGGAAGACUCAUAUUGAAAGGCCAGUGGUUUUGGUUGGGCCGAGCCUCGGUGCUGCUGUUGCAAUUGACAUUGCUGUCAACCAUCCUGAAGCGGUUGAGUCUUUGGUUUUAAUGGACGCAAGUGUUUACUCAGAAGGUACAGGAAACUUGGCAACUUUACCCAAAGCAGCAGCUUAUGCUGGAGUAUAUCUACUCAAGAGCGUUCCACUGAGGUUGUAUGCAAACUUCCUUUGUUUCAAAGGUGUCUCAUUGGAAACUAAAUGGGACUGGACAAAGAUUGGUCGCUUGCAUUGUCUGUAUCCUUGGUGGGAAGAUGCAGCUGUUAGUUUUAUGACUAGCGGAGGAUACAACGUAACUUCUCUUAUUAAAAAGGUUUCACAGAAGACACUGAUAGUAUGGGGAGAGGAUGACCAAAUCAUUAGCAACAAACUCGCUUGGAGACUACAUGGAGAGUUACCUAACGCAAGUGUGAAACAAAUAUCAGACUGUGGACAUCUUCCUCACGUCGAAAAACCAGCUGCUGCAGCUAAACUGAUCACAGAGUUUGUUAGAGAGACUUGCCAGUGUAAAGAGGUUGAAAGUAUAUCUUAGAUAGCCUUGAACCAUUAUUUAAGGUGUGUGUUUUCACCAAAAUAUUCUCUUUUUAAGCAGUAGUUGGUACUUUACUUCACUCAUUGUUGGUUGAUCUAUGAUUGAUCAUGAAAAAUUAUUUUUGUAUACAAUUUUAAAAUAGUAUAUUUUUUACACAA